AUGUCUGAAAAACAAUCAUGGCCUGAAUUAGUUGGUAUACCAGUUGACGAAGCUAUUGCAAGAAUAAAAAGCCAUGAUUCACGUUUAAAUAUUAUCAAAGUCAAAGAAAAUUCGCCAACAACACGUGAUUUAAGACCAAAUCGUGUACGUAUUUUUUAUGAUGAAAAUGGCAAUGUUGUAUCAGAACCACAUACUGGUUAA